AUGGCUGCUGUUAGCAAGAUCGAGUUUGAGCCGCCGAAUGGGGGUUGGGAGGCCUGGCGGACUGUCUUCGGUUCAUUCCUGCUACAGACCUCAUCAUACGGCUAUGUUACAGCAUGCGGUGUCUUCACUCUAUACUACAAACAGGUUAUGCUGCCGGAAUACUCAGCUUCUCAGCUAGGCUGGAUCGCUACAAUCGCUGUAUUUCUCAUUUUCGGUUUCGGCAUACCGAUUGGCGCUCUUGUAGACCGCUAUGGCACUCGUCCUGUAGUGGCCCCGUUUGUUGCUUUGGGGAUUGUUUCUCUCGGUCUACUCAGUCUUUGCAAAACCUACUGGCAGAUUGUUCUCAGCCAAGGGGUCGCUUUUGGUCUAGCCUGCUCUGGUACAACUCUUCCUGCGGUUAUUUGUGUCACUCAAUGGUUCUCCACAAGGCGUGGACUUGCCGUUGGUCUAGCAAGCUCCGGGAGCAGUUUUGGGGGUCUCAUUUUCCCUAUCAUGGUCUCUCGUUUGAUCAAUAGCCAUGGUUUCAAAACAGCGAUCCACUGGUCUACACUCGUGGUUGGCUGUUGUAUGAUUGUUGGCUUGAUUUGUUGCGAGGGGCCGUUUCCUCCAAAACGCAUGGCUGCCCUUCAAGAAAAGGAAGCAAUCGUCAACCAUUCCUCGGAAUCCUCGAAACUCGCCGAUCCUUCCGUAGAAUCCUCCAGAUCGGAUGAACAACAUGACCCAAAUAAUCUGGGUGUGCCAUGCUCUAUUGAAGACACAGCAACCCCCGAUCAGCCUGCAAGUAAGGAUCUUGGUAUGCGCCACAAUCUCAUUCCAUGGAUAGCUUUCUGUCUCGGUGUCUUCUGCUGCACGUUCUCCCUUCUAGUUCCUUUCGACUAUCUACCAAGCAUCGCCUUGGAAGCUGGUAUGGAUCGUGACCUGUCUCAGUAUACGCUCGCCAUGAUCAAUGCUGGAUCCAUGAUUGGACGUAUUGUACCAGGAUUUAUAUCUGACCAUGUUGGUCAAUUCAAUAUCAUGGCCCUCGUCACCACCCUUUCCGCCAUUACUCUACUAGUGAUUUGGCUUCCAGUCUAUUACUUCCCUACAAAUGGUGGCAUCAUCUUCUUUGCCUUAGCUUACGGGUUUGUCUCUGGCGGAUAUACCAGUCUAUUAUCACCUUGUGUUGUCGCCCUGGUAGAUGGCCAGGUAACCGGUCUUGGUCUCAAGUUUGGUGUUGCCUGCCUAUGUCUCGCAUUUGGGGCUCUGGUGGGAAUUCCUGUUAGUGGCGCUGUGGCCGACAAAACUGGCAACUGGGGCGGGCUAAUCGGCCUUUCCGGCUCUAUGAUGGCUCUUGGCGCUCUGGCUUUCAUCUUUUCCCGUGUUCAAAUGGGUGGAUGGAAGUUAAUGACCAAGGUUUAG